GUUCUCUAUUAUGGAAGCUUCAGAAUAAUUUCAGAAAUGAAGAAGAAAUUUCAUAAUUUAUAUCAAAAUAAUCGAGCUUUAAAAUUAAGUUUUGACCAAAGUUCUAUUUAUACUAUACUAAACGGACUAAAUUUAGAUGAAAAUUUUCAAAAAAAUGAUCAUAUUGAGUCAUUAAAAAUUAUUUUUAUAAAUGAACAUAAUGAUUUAGUUUAUCAAUAUUCCUCACAUAUUUUAAAACUUCUAUCUGAUAUGUUCUUUGAAAAACAAGGAUUAGAAUUUCGCAAACAAAUAAUAUGCCUAUUAAGUCUGUUUGGAUUAAAGAUCGAGAUACAUAAUAAAAAUUUUGAACCUUAUAAGGAUUAUCCAUCAAAUUUAUAUCUUAAAUGGAUGUUUAAUAAACUAAGUUCAAAUUCAAAUGACGAAAAGAAAAUUGUUAUACUCUCUACUCUUUCCCAAAUUGUUGAUUAUAAUUAUUACAUUAAUAAUAAUACUAUCAUAAUUAUAUUUGACCAAAUAUUCAUAAAUGAAAAUCUAUUAAAGUUAUAUAGUGACACACAAUCAGAAAAUAUAUUCAUUACUUCAUCACAUAUUAUCAAUUCUUUAAUAAAAGUUAAUGGUGAAAAUAUAAAUUUAUACAUGAGUGAUAUCUUAGACCUAAUAAUCGGGUGGAAUUUAGAUUCAUCAAAACAUAUUCAUUUAUUAUUGUCAGAAAUAUAUAAAGAUGAGUCAUAUGUUGGAAAAAAUAAUUAUGAAAUUAAACUUAACAUAAUUAAAUUUAUGUUAUGUAACCUCGAAUAUAUAUCACAAUCCUUUAAAUUUGUGAAUUAUGAUAUUAUAGAGUUUAUAUACAACUUAUUGUCACAAUUUAUAGAAGAUAUUGAAUUAUUGUUUAAUGACAUAAUUAAUAUAUUUGAAUCAUUCUGUGAUAAUAUGACUCUGAUGGAUUUUAAAAAUGCUCAUACCAUAUUAUAUCAAAAAAAUGGAAAAAUUCAAACUUUAUUGAGCAACAAAGCCAAGAGUCAAAUUUGAAUAUCACAAUUUACUCAAAAAUUCAAAUGCACAUUAAAUUUUUUUUAAGUUUUUAUCAAAAAUUGUCUAAUAUACAAUAUAUGCAACCAACUCUUUAUAGAGUUAACAGCAUAAUAUAUUUAUGGUUAAAUAUUGUUGGUGAUCAAGGAUUUUUUGUUAUAUGGCCUUUAAUUCAUGGUUAUAUCAAGAAGUCACCUGAAUGGGUGAGGAUUGAAGAUCUGUUUGACAAAUGUGAUCACCAUAAUACAUUUUUUGUCGAUUUUAAAUUUAUAAAUAUUCUUAAUUUGAUAUCAGUAUGCUUAGAAAAUUUUGGAGAGUUUUUAGUAUCUACUGAAUUUUUUAAGCACUUACUUAAGACUUUUAACUGGAUAUUUAUAUCUGCCAAUGCUGAAAUCAUAUUUAAUGUUCAUACACUGCCUUUUAAAUCAUACUCAAUAUAUGUGGGAGAUAAUAUCUUUUAUCAAACUAAGUUUUCAAUAUAUAGUUAUAAAUAUCAGCCAAAUUACUAUGUAAAAGCCAUAGUUCAUUUUUAUAUAGUUAUAAUCUUACAUAUUGAUCAAUAUGCUCAGGAUAUCUCUGCAAAAACUCUAAAAUACAUUAUACAUAAUGUGAUACAACUUACCAAAAAAAUUAACCAAUCAUUUUGCAAUAAUCUUUAUAAAUGGUUGAUUAGUCUGCUCAUACUUACUUCUCUUUUUAAGGACUAUGAAAUCAUGUGCCAAAAAAAUCAAAAAAAUAAUACAGCCCUUAUAAUUUGUUUUGACCAGAUGAUUGAAUUAUAUUUUACAGUGUCUCUUAAAAUUUCAAAUCUCUCUAAAAUCAACAUAAAACCAACUCCUGAAUGGGAGCUUUUAAUGUACAACAUGGUACUCUCAUUAGAUAUAAUUUGGAAAAGUCAAGGAGAUUUCUUAGCCCAACAUUUAAACAACCAAUACAAAUGCGCAAAACGAACACUACAAAUAUAUGACCAUAUUUUCGGAGCUUUCGCGGUUAAUAAAAUUCGGUAUUUGACUUUAAUAGCAUUACAAAACCUUUACGACAAUUUGCUGGCAAUGCAUUUAAUUUCACCAAUUUACGACUCCGAUCAAAAUAAAACCAUACUUUGCUUAAUUAGCAAGAUGAUUUUUAAAUGCAGCAUAAUUCUAAGAUCCGAGUUUAAAUACAAUCAAUUUAAUGAUGCGAAUUUGAUUGAAAGCCUUCUUGAAGGUUGCGAUAAAAGCUUGAAACUCAACCAUUCUAUUCAAAUAAAAUACAAGCAUAUUCAUUCAUUGGCCCUUAGAAAAAUAAUAUUUGAAGUAAUAAUCAACGUUGCAUCUGAAUCGAAGAAUGGAAUGUAUUUCGUCACUUAUGACAAGCUCUUAGAUACAAUUAUAGACCAGGCAUUUUUUAUCGCAUUUUUAUGUGAAUACGUAAAACCUUUGUUAAAACUGGGUGGCGUUAACAUCGAUGACGACCAUUUAAUUUCUCGCAAAGAAGAUUUUAAUAUGUCUUAUCUAAUUCACGGUGAAGAAAGUUCAAUGGAUAAAUGUGAUUCUACUAUACAUACCCAAAAUUCAUUUGCAAAAAAUCUUUAUUUUGGUGAAGUUCAAUAUAAUGUUUUCAUCCAUUAUUUGUUAUAUGAUUGUUAUGACUUCUCAAAAAAAUUUGAUAUUGCUCAAAGCAACAUCACCACUUUUUUGGCCAAUAUUAUAUAUCAAAAUGUAGACGUUAGUACUUCGAAAGCCACGAAUAAUUUUAAUAUCAAAGAAAUUUCUUUAUGUUAUUCAAAAUAUUCGGCAAUUUAUUCAUUUUAUGAACUGACAAGUACGCAAUGUGACGAGAGGAAUGUAUCUUUAAAACUGUUUGAAGAUAUAUCAUGCAAUUUAUUUAAAUUUAUUGAAACUAACCAAAAUUUUUAUGAGAUGAAUGAAAAUUUUGAAGACGAUCUACCCGUUGGUACAGAACAUUGGUCUAAUACAUAUUAUCGAUGUUUAGCUCUUAUUAAUUUUUUCAAUUUUUUGGAAAAAUUAGUUUUGGGUGUCAUAAAUGAUAUAAAUAUGUACACUAACAUGCCAAUUAAUCCACCACAGUCUGUGAUCCAAUUUUAUAAAUCGAAUGAAUCCCUUUACGAUUCAUGGUUUAUAAAGAUUAAAUUUAUAAUAAUAAAAUUUUGUAAUUUGAUGGGACUUAAUCAUUUAUGCAUGCAGCAAUCUUUAGAAUAUUUAACGCAAAUUUUCCAACCUCGCCCAGAGUUUUGGAAUUUAGAAGCUUUAUCCCCAAAAACUAUAACCACUUUAAUCAACAAACUUAAGCCUAAUCAUAGUCUAAAAAAUUUCACUUACGAAUAUGUAUUAGAAGUAAUUCUUUAUUUGAUAAGUUCAUUAUCAGCCAUGGGUGAAAAUGAGACGAUAAAUUGUUUAUACUUAUUUAUCCUGACAAAUUUUGCUCAAACAUGUUCAAGUUUUCAAAACGACACAUUUCCUUUUGAUAUUAAAAGAUUUGAAAAUAUAUCAAAUAUUCAAUAUAUUAGUAAUUUAAGAGCUCAACACAGAUUUGAAGAAUGUAUAAAGCAAUGCACUACAAGUAUUUACAAAAUCUUCUCAAUUUUAAGUCAUCAAAAAAAGUUGGAUAUAAAUAUAGGCGUAAACUAUGAAGUUUUUGGAUUAAAAAUAAUUAACUCUACUUCAAACAAGAAUCAAAAUUUUAUUAUGAGUUUUAAUUCAAAUUAUGUGAAAAUAUAUUUGAAAUAUCUUUGUACUGAAGUCGAAGAAUGUUUUUUGAAUUUAGACGACAUAAAUGGAUACUUGAUUUGGUACAAAGAAUUUUCCACCAGUUUGACCAAAGAAUCAUUAGGAAAUAAAACAGAAUUAGAGGUGCUGUUUGGCGAUCUAUUUAGCGUUUCACGCAAUUUUAAUUACUCAAUAUUAACUGAAGUAGAUGAAAUGAAAUGUCACAAAAAAGAUAUUAUUAGAUUAGUACGAAUUAUAAUGAAUAGUAAUCUUGGAACCUCUCUAAAAGCUUACUCAGCAUUUAAAUUUUUAAAAUAUAAAAUAGAUAUUUUAAAAAACGAUGAUUUAAAUAAAGAUUCCUACCUGAACCAUUUUUUUAGAAAAAUCUUAUACAAAUUUUUAGUCAUGUACAAUUCCGAGAAAAAAAAUUUUACUUUAAAAAAUAUUUGUAACAUAUUGAUGGAAAUCUAUUCGCAUAAGAAAAGUUUUGGUGAAAUGAAGAUACUAAAUUUAUUAUACGAUUGUGACUUUCAAUUAAAUACUUAUUUGCAACUUGCUCAUGUGAACAUAAGUGAUAAAUGGCACAAUUUUUUACGAUUAAAAUGCUCUCAAAAACUUUUACACAGUCAAAACUACCUCAAAUUUUUGUUUUUGAAUGAUGAUUUGAAAAUUAUUGAUUUAUAUGAUGCUAAUAAUAAUGAUUCUUUUCUAUCAACUGAAUUAAACCUUACGAAUGAUGCCUAUUCAAGAAUUAGAAACAUAGUAUUUUAUAAUAUCAAAAUAAAUUUAAAAUGCCUGAAAAACUAUGACGAAAAUAAAUUGGAAUUGUUAUAUGAUUUAUUAGAUAUUUCGACCAAUUUUUUAUUCAUAUUCAAAAAUGAUAAUUAUUAUGGCCAAAACUAUAAUAUUAUAUGCGAAUGUUUCUAUGAAAUUUUAAUGUUCAUUCAAAAGUCACAGACCAAUUCUAAUAAAUGGAUUUUACAGCUGAAAUUUAUUAUGGCUGUUUAUAAAUUUUUGUUAAAAGACAAGGUGAUAUCGGGUUAUGAAAAUGAGAAAAUACAGAAAAACGAAGGGCAUUAUGUUGAAAAAUUUAUAAAAAUUUUCAUAGAAUUAACCAACAAUUUUAUAGAUGAUGAUGAUGAACAAUUGAAAAAAAGUUACAGUUAUAUAACAAUGAUUCAUUCUCGCUUGUCAAUUCAUUGCUUAAAUUUUUUUUUGUCUUUAAAACUUGCUAGAAAGCAGUUUCUUCCAAAAUCAUUGGAAAAAGAAUUAUUAGAAUACAUCAUUGAAUUAUCCAAUUAUUUUUAUACCCACGGAAAAACACAAUCAAAAUUAAAUUCGAAAUCAUUAUACUUUUGUACCCUUCAUGAAGAUUUAUUGUGUAUCAAUCAUCACCAACCGACACCAUCCCAGAUCGAUAAAGAAUAUCACAAAAAUAAGACAGAUAACAUUUUUGAAGAUGUGAUCAUCACUUAUAAUCAUAUUUUAUUUGAAAAUACUUUUAAAGAAAUAAUUAACAUUGAUAUUUAUGUUCGGCAUAUAUUCACUCAAUAUUUCUAUCAAUUCAGCUCAAAGUUGAGUUAUAUAGACGUUGCAAUUAAUCAUUUUGAUCUCUACAAAGAAUCCGUCCUCUCACACUUUAGAUAUUACAUCAAAUUAUUGACCUUAUAUUUUGAUAUUCAACAUAAAUUAGAUUUCAAAAUUGAAUCAUUUAUUUUUCUCUCCAUAUCAAGACUCAUCAUGAUUGCCCUUCAACAUUGUGUACAUUUAGAAAAGGAUCUGGCAAAAUUAUUUUUUAAAAUUCCUCUGGAUCUAUUAAAAGAUUUCACUCCUAUAUUCCUAUCAUACAUCAAAUGCAGCCCUUAUGCGUAUAUUCGCAAAAUUUGCUAUUCAAUAUUGAAAAGGUUCGCUCAUAGUUCAACUCACUAUCCAUUCAUUAUAUAUGGCAUCAUUUUGGAAUUAUUAUCCCAUGAUGUCUAUAGGUUAUACGUUUUAAACCGUCAACCGGUAUGUUAUCUUUGGCUAUAA